AAAUUAAUUAAUAAUUAAAAAAAUAAAAUAAAUAAAAAAAUAAAGUUUAAAAAUUUAAAAUAAAUCCAACCAUAAAUUUAACACUCUAAAAAGAUUUGUAUUAUCAUGUCUUCUUUACUUCUAUCUUCUUGCUCUUCUUCUUCAUCAUCAUCAUCAUCAUCAUCAUCAUCAUCAUCAUCAUCAUCUUGCAAGGCUCCUUAAUCGAAGAAAAAGGGUAUUCUUGAUAUAUAAUAUAUUAUGAAUGCUUCUAAAGGUAGAGAUGAAUGGGAAUCUAUUGAAUAAAAUAUUAAUGACUGGCUCGAUGAGUAAAACAUAUGCAUUGUAGACCCCUUCUAAAAAUAAUAAUAAUAUUAUCAAUCUUAAAAGCUAUUUGCUUUUGAAGAAAUUUAAAGGGAAGAUAGUAUGAGCUCUAGUAGCAGCAGCAAUAGCUCAUCCUAAGUUCUUUCUCCUUUAUAAAACGGAAACAAUCUUAAAGAAUUCUCUCUUGAAAUAAGAUCAAAUUUAAUCCUUGAAAGAAGAGGCAAAUUCAAUUUUAGCAAUUUCUUUUGA